AUGGGUGCUGGAAUCCAAUCUUUACGUAUGUAUAAUGGAUGUGACGAUCAAACAUGUGAUUGGAUCGAAUAUCCAAUAUAUAUGACCACUUCUAGAUUACCUGAUUGUCGCGUAAUGAACUUUGGAGGAUGUACAAAAGCUACUGAUAAAAAUACUAAAGAUAUAAAUACCCCUUCUGUUGAAUUCUUUCCAAAAACUGGCGUGAAUGAUACUGCAGUAACUAUUCAACUUCUUUUGGGCACAUAG